AUGACAACCGGAACCUCUUAUAGUACACUCCACAGUAACUUCACCCCACAUUAUUACCUCCGCCAACGCCACCAACAGGCACUAAAACAUAUAAAUAGGCGAAAUCCACCCAAGAAAAGUCGUCUCCAGCAUUUUCCCUCCGCAUUGAUAUCUCAGGAUAUGCCUUUUCUGGAAGACCAUGAAGCCUCCACCCCCAACCCCAUGGCAAACUCCGACGCUGGCCCAGAAACACAGGGCGGCGAGUCGGACGACCAAUCAGACGCCAGCUCGCAGCCAGAGCUCAGAACCGCGGACCCAAAAAGCAUGAGCACGGACGACGUGCGCAGUAUUUCGUCUGGAACGCAACUGCUGCCCAAACAGAAGCAGGCGCCGGAGCCUCCGUUGGAGCGCACAACGUCACACAAUUCCAGCACCGCGGCGAAGGCCAAGCGGCAGCCCUCGAAGCGGCCGCAGCAACAUGGUCGCUCGCAGUCCAAUAGCAGAGUGAGCUUGGCACUCAGUACAUCAUCUAGCAGUAGACCGCUAGGCACCUUGAGUAGGUCCAAGUCCACAGAUCUCAUUCUGCGGCCGGGACAUCCGAACAUGAAACGUAGUAAUAAAUCGUAUACCAAGUUGACGUCGCUACAUCCGGCGAAGUCGGCGUCCAAGGGCACGAUGAACAGAGCCGUCAAUUCGUUGCAGCCGCUCACAAAGACGUUGCUGAACGGGUCGCUCAAUCGCGGCUCUGGCGGGAUGCAUCCGUUGACGAAGACCAUUCUGAGGGACUCGGCUAAGCACUAUGCUCUUCGAAAGACGGUGCUGAACACAUCUCAGAAGGGUAUUGGCACGUUGUCACGUAACAAGUCCGAGAACUCCAUAAAGUCGAACAAAUCCAACACGUCCCUCAAGGGAAUCAACGCUCAGCUUGGCGGGUUAAAGUCGAGCGCCAAACGUGGAAAGGCAAUCCUUAAAUUAAAUGAGGAGUACCCCGAUGAAGCAUAUGAGGAUGUCAGCGAUGAUUCAGAAGAGGGCGAAGACCUGGCAUCGGAGCAGCCCAGACCAAGACUUGAGAGACCGGAUGUUCGCCCUAAUAUCUCCUCUGAAGGUGUAGCAGAUGUUGUCAGUAGUGAUGGCCGCUCUUCCGCAACCCCCUACCAGCUCCAACUGUCGCCCAAAAAUGAGCCGCUGCUAAACGACUACAAGAACACAGACAGUUCCUCGGAGGAUUUGACCUCUCGCAAUAUGUAUGGAGGCUCGUUCCUUUUGUCUCAAUCUACUGGCAUGACUAGGAAGAUUAAUCCAUCAUCAGAGCCCAUGGACUAUGCAGCAUUUACAGAGAACAAUAGCGCAAGCAGCAAAGCUCUGGACCGAUCCGGGGGAGGCAUUGUAUUCAAAACUGGCCAAGCACGGGACGUGGAGAGUGAACCAGUGGUCACUAAAACCAAUGCGGCCAAAAACUCGUAUCACAAUAACCAAACUAUUUUCGGAAAUCUUCAACGUACAGAUCUGCAAUUCUCCAAUCACAAACUGCAACGGCCAGCUAGCGAAAAGAGUUUACAGAAACAAUUGUCUAACAAGAACUUCGCUGGCUAUUUGGAAAGCAACAAUGGCCCUUCCAAUUCUGGGCCUGAAACAAGAACCCAGCAAAAACUUUGGUUGCAACGUGAGAAUUCUUUGAUGGAUGUGUCAUCCAAUUUGGACCCUUCGAGACUAUCCAACUUCUCGAAUCUUUCGUUGAACAAACUCAUGUUCGCCCACAACAUGAGCAGCGCCAAUGUCCGCGAUAUGCAUCUAUCAAGACACGGGUCCAGCGCAAGCCACGAUUUGCUCAACUCGAAAGGUGAAACGAGCUCCCCGUUCCAAAACGAGCAGGCCAGCAAUUUCAACAACUUCAUUAACAUCAUACAAAACGUGCAUCAAAACUCCAUACAAUCUCGAACCGAAUUUGAACGACUCAAUCGAGAAUAUGUCAACGUGCGGCGUCAUCUGAACCCCGUGGCGGCUAGCUUGGGCCGGAUAGAUCAGUACUUGAAGCACCGUGGUGAAGAAGGAGAGGGCAGCUCACAGAAGAAGGAUCCAGCGAAAAAGAAGACGAAAAAUGAAACCACUGAAAGUCAAGAGCAGUACAAGCUGCAGUUGAUCCACAGGCUUUGGCAAGAAGCGUUGCACACAAGUUCUGCCUCGAGUGUGUCUCUCCGGCGGUACCAGGAUGAACAGCUUCUGCUCCAACAACAACAACAGCAGCAGCAACAACAAGAGCAAGAAACCAACAGACAAGGAUAUGAGUCUACAAGCAACCGGUUGCAGAACGAAGACGCAUCUUCUGCAAGGGAAAGACUCAACAGAUUGAAUCUCAACGGUACCAUGGCCGCCAAUAGGACUGUCAAGUCAGGAGGCCCCAUCAAAAGAUAG